GAUGUUUUUUUUCCUUCGAAUUUAGUCGAGUCUCACGGCAACGACACCUUCUGAUAUCGUGACCGUGACGAAAAAGCGACCCCGGUUUCUUUUUUUGUGCGAUUCAACCGCGUCAGUAAUUACACAAAUGUCAGAGUCAGAUUUAUUAGCUUCCGACCAAAUCGACGGUCUUGAUGGGCUUGAGAACGGCCAGGAUGGUGACUCCAUUAUGCAGUCAGAUUGUGUCAAACGUGAAUUCAACGAAUCUAAUAUAGAUGAUCCGGAGCUAGAAGCCAUUAAAGCACGUGUGCGGGAAAUGGAAGAGGAAGCUGAAAAAUUAAAACAAUUACAGUCUGAAGUGGAUAAGCAAAUGAAUAUGGGGAGUCCACCAGGAAUUACUAGUCCAUUGAAUAUGUCGAUUGAGGAUAAAAUGGAAGUAGACAACAGAUCCAUUUAUGUUGGUAAUGUCGAUUAUGGAGCAACAGCUGAGGAGUUGGAGCAACAUUUCCACGGAUGUGGUAGCGUGAAUAGGGUUACAAUACUUUGUAAUAAAUUUGAUGGCCACCCGAAAGGUUUUGCUUAUAUCGAAUUUGCUGAGCGCGACUCUGUGCAAACAGCCAUGGCCAUGGACGAAUCAAUGUUUCGUGGACGUCAAAUUAAAGUUAUGCCCAAGAGAACGAAUCGACCAGGGAUGUCAAUGACGAAUCGAGGGCCCAGGGGUACACGUGGAUACAGGGGGGUAGCACGUGGAAUAAGCCGUGGAAGCGCUUAUUUUGGUUACAGGCCAAUGAGACGACCUAGAUAAACCCAAUUUUAAUGAUAAAACGAGAAAAAAAACAAGGGAUAAAAUUACUGUCCAUCUUUCGACAUUGCAUUCAUUUUCUCGCAAAAUAAUUGUGCUUAAUCUUCUUCGAUAUCGAUGAACAUUAUAGCUGAUGAUAGCGCUUUUACGACAUUAAAGAUAUCAACCAAAAUAAUGGUCUCAAUCAUUUAAAAUAGCAUUACACAUUACCUUAAACAAUUUAUGGCCGUCCUUUCAUUCAUUUUUGCUUCGACUGUGUUGGUCAUUUUUUCCGUUCUCAAGACAAUUUAAUUUCAAUUAUUCCAAUUAAUUAUCCGACAAUGAGUAAUAAAUAUGCUUGUUUACUCCUGUCAUUAUAUCGCUUUAUCUUUUGUUUCUUUCUUUCCUUCAAAGUGGAACGGUUUUGGGGAAAUUGUUGGGUGCAAUACUUUUCACUAUAUUUUUGGUUAAAUUAAUUUGGUGGGGCGGUUGGUUGUUGUCC